CCCAGGUAGGUAAGCAAGAGUUCCCAAGACAGAGCUUGAUCCCUCAGAACUCGCCUGUUGUUUCAUCUCCUGAGAAGCGGGGUAACUCGCGGUUGGACGCUGAGCUGCCAGCUUUCUUUAGCGAUGGAACUGGAAAUCCGCUGCCUGGCGCGCGGGCCCCACGUCGCAGAGGUCGUGUAAACCCGCGCGACUCGAUCAAGAACCCGAAGCGAACCUUCCAGAUGAGUUCAAGGAUGUUUGUCCCAGAAUGUUGCUCUUUGGCUUUAAAUUACACUCUCUUUUUGGGAAUUAUGUGCUUGUCAGGCUUCAGCAACUUGGCUACAAGUUCUUCAGACUUUUCAGGUUAUUUGUCCAAGGUAUUAAGAAAUUAUACGGAACACUCUUGUGAUGGAGAAUACAUCUCUGUACGCUGCCCUCACAGAACUACAAUCAGCAUCCAGUCAUCAUUUUAUGGCAGACAAAUGCCAAGCCACCAGAUGUGCCCAUCCCGCCACCCAUUCUCAAAUGCAGAAAAAUUCAAAGAAGAUACAUCUUGUUCUGCUUCUACCUCGCUUCAAAAGAUGUUGGAUGAGUGUCAAGACAGAAGGAGUUGCCAGCUUCUUGUCAACAGCAGACUCUUUGGAGUGGACCCAUGCCCUGGCACAAGCAAAUACCUCAUUGUGUGGUACAAAUGCCGACCAAAUGAAUACAAGAGUAAAGUUGCCUGUGAGGAUGACCGGUUAAGACUAAGCUGUAAACGAAGCAUGGUAAUUGCAAUUUAUUCAGCUAUUUUUGGAAGAUCUCAAGAAGGAAGCCUGGAGUGUCCUUAUCAUAACUAUGGAGUUCCACCAGUUGAUUGUCUCUCGGGCACUGCUCUUCAAAUAAUGACCAGUCGCUGCCAUGGAAAGAGAAGCUGUAAUAUACUGGCCAAUUCCCGUGAAUUUGGAGACCCUUGUUAUCCUGGCAUUCGUAAAUAUCUCAAUGUUAUUUACACUUGCGUACCAAAGAAGCUUCUGGAGGAAGUGCAACCAAGACCGACAAACUACCAGAGCCUGAACCUUCCUCAGCACCCCAGAUCCUUUAAUCCAAACAUUAUAGGAGACGGGGUGCUGUCAGAUGUGCCUACUCGUAUAACUUCAGAGAGGCUGCCAGAAGAGAAAAAAGCACGGAAAAAAGCUGGGGUCUAUUCAAUGGAAGAGAAGCCUUUACUGCCCCCUUUGGAUGAGACUAGAAGGAGAAUGUUAAAUAACAGCAUGGAGUCCAAGCCCAUUGGUACAGAAAUGGCACUGUUAAGCAACAUACUUGCUGCCUAUUCUUUCAUUCUGGAGAAUCCUGAGCGAGCCGCCUUAUACUUUGUAUCUGGAGUGUGCAUUGGCCUCAUCCUCACUCUUUGUGCGCUGGUUGUGCAGAUCUCCUGCAGAACAGAUUGUAGAACUGUCCCUGUCAGGAAGCAGCAGAAGCACAUAGACAGUGACAGUGACAGCAGCGACAGUGACAGCAACUGGGACACUACUUCAGAUCUGUCAGCACGCCGCCAUCGGCGCUUUGAGAGGACUUUGAACAUGAACGUUUUCACAUCUGCCGAGGAGCUGGAGAGAGCACAGAGACUUGAGGAGCGAGAGCGAAUAAUUAGAGAAAUCUGGAUGAAUGGGCAACCAGAUAUUCCAGGGACCCGGAGUUUGAACCGUUAUUACUGACAUGGCAAGAUUCCAAAAAACUUUUUUUGUUUCCAAUGGACCUUUUGCUUUUCACUUUGGACAUAUAGCAAUUUGCCAGAGCCUUACUGACUUUGCAGGGCAUUAAAAGAGGGCAAUAAUUUGUAAGCUUCAAUCAGUGAGUAUAAGCUUUUCAGUGGAAGCUGAAGAUUGUAUGUAACUUAGAGCCAGGCUCACACAAUUGAAGCACUGUUUAUACGACACAUUUGAAAUGAGAAACAGCUGCUACUCACUGCACUGACUGGUUUGCCAUUGUUUAUUAACAAAGUAUGAGGAUCUUAUGAAUUCCCAUGCAACCAUUAAACAAAUGAUAAAUUAUAUGGUCAAAUAUGACAGCCAGCAAUUGGAUUUUUAGAACAUGGGCAAAUAUGGUAUUAAUUUAUGUCAUCUGACUAAGUGUGGAUGUAUUUGGUCAUAGUUAAACAUUUUACACGGGCCCUUUCCUCAGUGUAAGAUCUUGUACAGGUAUCACAGUUAUGGAUUGCUGUUCCUGUUUCAAGCUGUCGGUUGUUUAUAUGUGAAAAGGACAGCGACAUGUCAAAUAGCAAACCUUGGGCUUCUGAUUUUCAGACGUUGUAGAUCAGCACAAAGAGCACAAGUCAUAAAGCCUCUGUAUGCCGUAUGUCUGCGCACGUGUGGGACUCUCACACUGUCACACCCCUCCUGUAUACCUAGAGGCUUACGUCUGUGUGAGUCUAUGGUAACGAAAAUACGCAUAUAUGUCACGCACGUCCUCGAAUGGUGCUCCUUAACGUUUAAAAAAAUACAGAAAAAAGUACCCAUUACCAUAUUACGUUCUGCUAGCUAUUUCCAGAUAUAUAAGUUAGUAUAUCUUAGUUUUCUGUAUGUCUUAAAUUUAAUGAAAAUAUGUAAAUCAAUCAGAACUUCAUUAAACGGUUAAAGCAUAUUGUAAUUCCCAUUAUAUUAGCAGUUUAGUUUACAUUACUAUAAAGUCAUCCACUUUUAGUGCUAAUUUAUAAUUCAGUAUUGAUUUACUAUUGCCCCUUUCAUAGGUAGCAUUUCAUAAUAAAAACACAAAAAAGGUCUUUACAGGUUGUUAGGGCUUGGCCUGCACUCCUCCUCCAGCUGCUCAUUUUGUGUCCAGUUAGCUCCCAGCCCCUCAUGGCAGUCAGGAUGUAAUCGGGUGGCAGUCGUAUACAACAAGGCGCCUGACUGAGACUGUUCUCUCUAGCAUGCUGCACGCAGACCUGCGCAUCUUGAGGAUUCUUCUUUUAAUCUUUUUGAAUUGACUUUUGUCUUGUACCUUUUUGGAUACCUGUUCCUAUUUGCCUAUAUGGUAAUGACUAUUUCCGGGUUUCACUUUGAAUUGCAGACUUAAAUAAAUGCUGAUUGCUUUGCUGUUUUCUCCAUCCCACUUUAGAAGAUGGCUCAUCUAGAUUUGUACGUCUACCAAGGUGUCCUUUACAGGGCAGCGUGCCACACUGUCAUUCACUGCCAAUGUCAAACAGAGGUACAGCAAAUUGCACAGCACUGCCCGUUACUGCUGGCAUACAGGAACAUGCAAAGGUGUCUGAAAAGGCACAAGGCAAGAGCAAAGCCAAAGACCAGACCAGGCCCGAGUGUAGAAUCGUCUUCUUUGUUAGUGCACUCUGCCUGAAUGAAGAGCCUCAGUCAGACGCUUCUGUUUGUAUGAUUUGUGCCUCCCAUCACAUGACUGUCGUCUGACACUGAAGGGUUCAUCCAAACGGAGUGCCUGUGGACCUUUGGAGAGUUUAAUAAGUCUGUUUAAAGAGAUUCACCACAUAAAGGCCUUUCAUGACAAACAUAUAUUGGGAGUCGUUUUGUUGGGAAAUUGAAAUAUGAAAGCAAAACUUAGUGCUCAUUUUCCCGAGUAUAGUCAAACUGCUGACAUAUUACCGACCCUGUUGAAGUACUUUUUAACCAAUGAAGCUUCUGCACUACAUGAAGAACACUAAUGGAAGUCGAAAGUAAAUUAUUUUACUUUAUCAGUGCACAAUACUAUAUUUCGAAUUGCAUAGUUUUAAAUGUUCAUCUAGAAUACAGAGAGUAAGUCAAAGAGUUCAGAAUUUGUGGUUGUCCCAGUUGAGAGAUGCCUCUUGGCUGCACACAAGCCGCAUCUCACUCAUGCCAACCAAUUUUACUUUCACCCUAGAAUAUUUUUGUCUCUUAUUCUAGAAAAGUAAGAAAUAGAGUGCAGUGUGUGAGUAAAAUUGGUAAGUAAACAAAGUUGUUUCAAAAUUCAUUAUGGAAUAAACAUAAUCUUGUACUUAGGCAUGGUUAAAUAUCAGAAGUAUCAAAUAACAGGAACAGAAAAGCCGAAGCCAUGCUUUUACAGAUCUAGACAGUUUGUACACAAAGUCACAGCAGCCUACAGACAAAGCCUAUUUUUUUAUUUCAAGUUUUGUUAUUUUUGUAAACCAUGCUCCACAGCGGUAAAGCUUUGACUAGCACCUCAGGGAUGAAAUCCAAAUAUUUUAUUGUUAUAAUUUUUUUCUUUUUUUAAUGAAGGUGAUAAUACGGUGCUUGAGAUGUGUCAGCAUUUAAAAAAAAAAAGUACUUAAAACCUCAAAGAGGUCAAUUGUUGGAGUAUUUCUAAAAAUCACACACAAUGAUGUGCCUUUAUUAUUCUGCGUGAAUUAUGAAACAUGGAUAUUAGAAAUCUGCUUGGAACACUGAUGGGGCUAAACAGCUUGGACUAGGAGUUAAACAGAAUCAGUUACAGGUGGUGUACCGUUGAACAGAUCCUUAAGAAAUAUGAUGACACAUGUGACUGUCUUGGUUUUUGUCAAAAACGUGAACUCUGAGCUGCAGUUCUUUCUUCUCCUUAAAUCAAAACACAGUGGAAUCCACUUUUGGUAUACAAAGGUAUCAAAGUGCUAUGUAAUAAAUACACAGAUAUUUAUACAACGAGUUACCUUUCUCUUCCUUCUGACUUUCAGAUUGUUUUAAAGCAGCCAACACGAGUGUUAAGAUACUGUUUUUUAAUAAAACAUCUAAACUAA